AUGACCCUUGAUGAUGACGACUAUAUAAAACAAAUGGAGCUUCAAAGAAAAGCUUUUGAAAGUCAGUUCGGAUCUUUAGAGUCCAUGGGGUUCGAAGAUAAAACAAAAAAUAUACGAACUGAAGUAGAUACCAGAGACAGUUCAGGUGAUGAAAUUGACAAUUCCGAUCAUGGUAGUGAUUUCAAGGAUGGUACUAUAGAAAGUUCUAAUUCUUCUGAUGAAGAUAGCGGUAACGAAACCGCGGAAGAAAAUAAUCAAGAUUCCAAACCGAAAACUCAACCAAAGGUCAUUAGAUUCAACGGGCCUAGUGACGUUUAUGUUCCUCCAAGUAAGAAGACACAGAAACUUUUGAGAAGCGGCAAAACUUUAACUCAAAUAAACAAAAAAUUGGAGAGUACUGAAGCCAAGGAAGAAAAAGAAGAUGAGACUUUGGAGGCGGAAAAUUUACAAAACGACCUGGAGUUGCAGCAAUUUCUGAGAGAGUCUCACUUAUUGAGCGCUUUCAAUAACGGUGGAAGUGGUUCUACAAACAGUGGUGUAUCGUUGACUCUACAGAGUAUGGGUGGUGGAAAUGAUGAUGGCAUAGUAUACCAGGAUGAUCAAGUUAUUGGGAAGGCCAGAUCGCGUACACUCGAAAUGAGACUGAAUAGACUCUCAAGGGUGAAUGGUCAUCAGGACAAAAUAAAUAAGCUGGAAAAAGUACCCAUGCAUAUUAGAAGAGGAAUGAUCGACAAGCACGUCAAGAGAAUCAAAAAAUACGAACAAGAAGCUGCAGAAGGUGGAAUUGUUCUAUCCAAAGUGAAAAAGGGACAAUUCAGAAAAAUUGAAUCUACAUACAAGAAAGAUAUCGAGAGGCGUAUCGGGGGAAGCAUUAAGGCCAGGGAUAAAGAAAAAGCUACCAAAAGGGAACGUGGUUUGAAGAUCAGUAGUGUAGGCAGAUCGACGAGGAAUGGACUGAUUGUAUCCAAAAGAGAUAUUGCUCGUAUCAGUGGAGGCGAGAGGAGUGGUAAAUUUAAUGGCAAAAAGAAAUCCCGUCGCUAG